CGUCACUGCACUGCAGUUCAUUAUAACCAAUCCUUAAAGCUUCAGGCAUCGACUUCAGAGCUUAAAGCAUGGUUCCGGGUGAGCUUACAGGACUUCACUACCUAGCACCUGAAAACCAGAUCCUAGUUCCAGCCAACAUAGGCAUGAUGCAAAAUACUAUACCAGGUUUUCAUUUCAAUAGACUCUUAAAUAACCUUCCAAAUUUCCACAUCCAGCCACCUGCACACGAAUUCACUGCACAGUCCUCAAGUUUCAGCAAUAAUUCGACUUCAGACGAAGCUGAGGAACACCAGGUAAGCAUCAUCGACGAAAGGAAACGACGAAGAAUGAUAUCUAAUAGAGAAUCUGCUCGUCGGUCCAGGAUGCGGAAACAGAAGCACCUAGAUGAACUUUGGUCACAGGUAAUCAGGCUUCGCAACGAGAACCAGAGUCUCAUCGAUAAGUUAAAUCAUGUAUCUGAGUGCCAUGACUUAGUUCUUCAAGAGAAUGCAAGGCUCAAGGAAGAAACCUCCGAUCUUCGCCAAGUGCUGACCGACAUAAAGAUCGACAGUCCUUAUUCUCUUGCACUGAAAGAGCUGGAAGAGGUUCCCUGCAACACUGCUCACCUUCGAGCUGAGUCAACAAACCAAUCUAUUGCCAACUCUGUAGACUUCCUCCAUAGAGAUGAAAGCUAUCUAGCCAUAUAAAAUUAGAUUACUUUCAUCGGUUUGGUUUGCAACGGUUGUUAAUCAAGCUUUCGCCUUAGUUUGAGCUGUAUGAGAUUAUAAUCGAAUUAUGCAAUAACA